AUGGAGAACUACGACAACGAAUCUGUGACCUUCGUGGCCUGGCCGGAGAUCAAGGGCCUCCACAACGUCCUCACGUCCCUGGAGAAGUCCGCUGCGGCCGAGAAGCUGCUGGGCCAACCCAUCAUGCCCCUCCACAUCGCCUUCACCAAGCCCCUGCUGUACCGCGGCAAGGUCAAGCUCCACGGCCAAAAUGGCGGCGUGACGAUCGAGGCUGGCGGCAGGGUCGGCGCGCAGAGCCGUAACACCUUCCUGGACAAGGGCACCGGGCUGGGCGAGUACGUCCACCACAACCGGGCCUACUUCGCCGAUCUCUUCCGCCCCCACGCCGACCAGUCCUACACCCGCCUCUCCGUCUUUGGCGAGUGGUGCGGCGCGCGCGUGCAGAAGGGCGUGGCCCUGAGCAUGCUGGCCAAGCCCAUCUUUGCCGUCUUCGCCAUCCAGAUGGACGAUGCCAUCCUCUACGAGCCCGAAGACCUCACCGCCUUCCUCACCCACAACAACACCCUGCCCGAUGAGAUGCAUGUGCUGCCGUGGCACACCGAAGCGAUGGAGUUCAACCUGGCCGACACGGCCCACGUCGAGAGCCGCCUCGACACAGUCAACGGGCUCACCGACGCCAUCGACUCAGAGGACCCGUGGGUGCUGCGCACCUUUGGCGUGCGCGGGCCGGGCGAGGGCCUCGUGUGGUAUCCCAUCAACGUCGACCUCGCCACCGACGAUGAGCCCAGCGCCAAGGGCCUGAAGAUGAAGGCCGUGUCGGGCGAGGUCUACGCCUCGUUCGUGUUCAAGACCAAGGGCGAGAAGCACCGAGUGGUCGGCACCAAGAAGGCCGCCCAGGUGAAGGCCCCGACGGCCGAGAACGCCAGCAAGUACGUCGAGCUCAUGCUGCCCGAGCCUCGCCUUCAGCAGGGCGUGCAGUCGGUUGGAGGCAUGGAGAAGAAGCACAUCGCGGCGUUCAUCAAGUGGGUGGUCGCCGACGUGGAGAAGGAGGGCAAGGACGAGCUCGCGGCCAGCGGCCUCGAGUGGAAGCAGGUGGCGCCUCUCAUCACCACCAAGGCCCGCGAGUGGUUCCUCGCCCAGUCCAGCAAGUGA